CCAUUGGGCUCGGCCGCCCGUCUUGUGAACACACACUCUGCUCUCUCCUCCCAUCCCUCUCCGAGAUCCCUCCGGUGGGCGGUCGCCGGAGCUCCUCGCCGCCGCCGCCGCCAAGAUGCGCAAGCGCGACCUCGGCAUCCUCCUCCUCGCCGCCUUCGCGGUCUUCUUCUCGCUCCAGCACGAGGGCGACUUCUCGUUCCGGGAGGCGUGGUACCACCUGUCGGACGAGGGGUACCCGAUCAAGCACGACGCGGACCGCCUCCCGCCGCCGCUCGUCGCCGACCUCAACGGCGACGGCCGGCGGGAGGUCCUCCUCCCCACGCACGACGCCAAGAUCCAGGUCCUCCAGCUGCCCGCCCACGCCAGGCUCGCCGCCGCCGACACCCUCGACGACUUCCACGAGGCGCGCGUCAUGGCCGAGAUCUCCCUGCUCCCGGCCAACGUCCGCGUCGCCGCCGGCCGCCGCCCCGUCGCCAUGGCCGUCGGCACCGUCGACCGCUCCUACAAGCAGGCCGACGUCCGCAAGCAGGUGCUCGUCGUCGUCACCUCCGGCUGGGCCGUUAUGUGCUUCGACCACAACCUAAAGAAGCUCUGGGAGGUCAGCCUCGGGGACGACUUCCCCCACGCCGCGCACCACCGCGAGGUCGCCGUCUCCGUCACCAACUACACCCUCAAGCACGGCGACGCCGGGCUCGUCAUCGUCGGGGGGAGGAUGGAGAUGCAGCACCAUUCCGCAGAUCUCUUCGAUGACUUCAUGACCUCCCAACACACCAGCGAAGAGCACCGCAGAAGUGCCACCGAGAAACAGGCUUCGGAGGCUGGCAACGUAGACGUGCGCCAUUUUGCGCUUUAUGCCUUUUCUGGUCGUACGGGCACAUUAAGAUGGAGCCGGAAGAAUGAGAACAUCCAGGCACAACCAUCAGAUGCUUCUGCGAUGAUACCACAACAUAAUUACAAGCUUGAUGUUCAUUCCCUUAAUAACCGUCAUCCUGGUGAGUAUGAAUGCCGGCAAUUCAGAGAAUCAAUUCUUGGCGUCAUGCCUCACCAUUGGGACAGGAGAGAGGAUACUUCCCUACAACUUGCACAUUUUAGGAAGCAUAAAAGGAAAGAACUAAAGAAAACACAAGGAAAAAGCGUUGUUAAUAACGUGCACAAGCCUAUUGAACACAAUCCACUCGGAAAGGAUGAUACUAAUAGAAUAUCCAAAGCGAUCGGGAAAGCUGCAGAUCUGGCUGGCUCAGCUAAAGGCAAAAAGUCUCUGCACACACUUUAUAUCCCUACAAUCACUAAUUAUACUCAAGUUUGGUGGGUUCCCAAUGUUGUUGUUGCACAUGAAAAGGAAGGGAUAGAGGCUAUUCAUCUAGCUUCUGGACGUACGCUUUGCAAGCUCCAUUUGACAGAAGGAGGCCUUCAUGCAGAUAUUAAUGGAGAUGGAGUUCUAGAUCAUGUUCAGGUUGUCGGUGGAAAUGGUGCUGAGCAAACUGUUGUUAGCGGGUCCAUGGAAGUACUGAAACCCUGUUGGGCAGUUGCCACAUCCGGUGUACCGGUGCGGGAACAACUUUUUAAUGUUUCAAUCUGCCAUUACAACCAUCUCAACCUGUUCCAUCAUGGUGAUUUUUCAAGAAGUUUUGGGAGGACAUUUGAUCCAUCUGGCUUAGAGGUGGCAACCCCAGUUCUGCUCCAGAGAGAUGAUGGUCAUAAACACAGAAGAGGAAGUCAUGGCGAUAUCAUCUUUCUAACAAGCAGGGGAGAGGUGACCUCGUACACGCCAGGCCUACUUGGUCAUGAUGCGAUGUGGAGAUGGCAGCUAUCGACAGGCGCAACAUGGUCCAACCUUCCGUCUCCAUCAGGGAUGAUGGAGAAUGCCGUGGUUCCUACUCUCAAGACCUUCUCCUUGAGAGCCUACGACCCAAAGCAGGUGAUCAUUGCGGGUGGAGACCAGGAGGCCGUGGUGAUUUCUCCUGAUGGUAGCCUACUGACAUCCAUCGAUCUCCCCGCGCCUCCGACUCACGCCCUGAUCCUAGAGGAUUUCUCCGGCGAUGGUCUGACCGACAUCAUCCUGGUGACGUCCGGGGGAGUGUACGGGUUUGUGCAGACGAGGCAGCCCGGGGCCCUCUUCUUCAGCACGCUCGUCGGCUUCUUGAUUGUCGUGAUCGGGGUGAUCUUUGUCUCUCUGCACCUCAACUCGUCGAACGGUGGUAAACCGAGGUCUUCGACCGGCUACAGAUGACUGUGCUACUAUCUCAGCCGGAUUCUGCCGAGAGGAUCUUGUGAGCCAUCCCCAGCACAGCAGUGAGGAGCUGUUACAGUGUUUGAACUAGACUUUUUGUUACUAUAGUUAGCUGGAGAUGUUCAACUUUUGUAAACUUUGCACAGCUUUUGUAUGUAUUUUUAGUGGUGAAGUUUUGUUUGUUGUAUGAUACGACGAAGCUCCUACCAUGACAUGAGUAUAGUUCUACUACUAAAGAUCAUCGAUUCAUAUAA